GGGAGGGUGGGGGGCGCGGGGGGGGGGGCCGGGGGGGCGGGGGGGGGGGGGGUGGGGGGGGGGGUGGUGCAGGGGGGGCGGAGUCAGAGAGAUCUGGAUGUUCAUGUAAUCAUAUUAGAAAAUUUUGCGUUUUGUGCACAUAACUUUUCCAGAUAUGUGGCUCACUUGUGAUGGGCAGUAGGGGAACCUUUGCAACGGCAUUUCCCGCUUCCUUGAGCCAGGUUAUGGUUUUUCAGGGGACAUGGGAAAUCUCGAAAGCGACCCCCUCUCCCUUGAUCAUCACUUUAAUAAAAAAAAGCUGUUAGCGCAAUCCCGUGUGGGAGUAAAAAUGUGAAACAUGAUAGAUCUAUUGUUACUAAUUAAAUGGAAAUCGUUUUAUUCCAUUUCUUUGCAAUACAUUUGUAGCUAACCGUUUAUCGGAUGUUUUAGAACUACAGUUUCUCUGUCAUGGUCUCUGGGGAGAGAAUGGUGCAAAUUUCUACCCCUAAACACUUCAACUCUCCUUUCAGAUGGUAUUUCACAAAAGGAAAACUUUUUGUUUGUACUUGACGUGCACAGUAUGGCGGGAGGGGGUCCAAAAAAUGCGAUUUUUACCUUUAUGGAUGGCUUCUUACCUUGUUACUGUGAUGUUACUUUAUACGAUGAAAAAUAUUUUACAUUACAUCAGAAUAAUGUUACAAUAAGUCAAUAUUUUGACUCUACUAAUCAAGUUACAAAUCUUGUUGAUAUAAAAUUCAAAAACAAAAUGAAAUUUGAGCCUAUAGAGGAAAAUAUCUCUUAUAAAGUAAUAUAAAACCUUCUCGGUUCUAUGUUAUGUAAGAAAAAAAGAAACGAUAAGUAGUUUUCCAAAGAGGAACUUUUCAGAAAAAGAAAUCUCUAGUUUUUCAGCAUCUAGAAGACGCAAAAUUAAUUUUUGUUAACUGAAAUACAACAGUCUUAUAGAAAUUUUUGAAAUUAUUUGGUAUUAAAAAAAUUUAAAAAGCAUCUAAACUUCGUCGAACUCUAAAACCUUGUUGAAUAAUAUUCUUAGCCAUUGUAUCUAUGGAAAAAUAUUUUUAAUGAUUGUUUUUUUUAUUAAUAAUAGACUUCAUGCUAUCCUUAUAUUCCAAGACAUAAAGAUGAAACAUUAAAUUUUAAUGAAAUUAAAAUUACAGUUAUUAAUAUUGAAUAUUAUCUUGAUAAUCAGCUUGAAAUUCGUCGUUUAUUUGUUCAAAAAGGUAAAACACACUAUAAUCUUAUUCAUUUCUUUUUUACCAAUUGGCCAAAAUAUGGUACUGUCGACUAUCGAACUCUAAUUGAUUUAAUUGAAAUUGUUAAUCAGUAUGAACAAGAAUCAAUUAAUUUACCACCACCUAUUGUUGUUCAUUGCAGUUCAGGUACUGGUCGAACAGGAACUUACAUUGCCAUUGAUAUUAUACUUCAUUUACUUGAUCAACCUAACGAACAAUUAGAAAGAAUGCAACUUGAUAUUAUGGGAGUUGUCAAUCAAUUAAGACAUGAUAGAGCAAAAAUGGUACAAACAGAAAAACAAUAUUUAUUAAUUCAUCAUUGUGUAGAAGAAUAUUUAAGAAAAACAAAUCGAUUAAAUUUAAUAAUAAAAGAGUAUCAUGAGUAUGAAACAAUUCCAGAGUCAUUGUCGAAAUUGCAUGAAGAUCGGUAUUCAAAUUUAUCGGAUUCAAAAGUAAAUUCAUUAUCAAUAAUUGAUCAUGUAGUAAAUGAAAUUAAUAAAAAAUAUUCCAGAAAAAACUGA